ACACGGCUUGACACAAACAGGCUUUUUGUGUUACUGAGCAGAACACGUGAGUACGAGUACGUUCAUGGUCCAACAGACUCGCUUGAAUUUCUUCCUGCUGGUGAAAUUUGUCGUGAACCAAAGAUCUUAGCAAUAUGAACCAAUUUAAUGAAAAAUCCGAUCAAGACCUAUCGGAUGCCCUGAGGGCCAAAUUGAAGUCCUAUCCAGAUUUCCCGAAGCCUGGUAUCAAUUUCUUAGAUGUAUUCUCGCUCUAUGCCGAUUUGGAAGGCUCUCAGAUUCUCAACGAGGUCUUCAUUCGGAAAGGCCGAUCCGUGAUUGGACAGAUUGAUGUGGUGGUGGGUCUGGAUGCCCGGGGGUUUCUCAUGGGCCCAAUCAUCGCCAGGGAAGCCAAUGUCCCCUUUGUCCCGGUUCGAAAAAGUGGAAAACUCCCGGGACUGACUGUCGGCACAGCCUAUUCUUUAGAGUAUGGAGAAGCCUCGGUGGAGAUACAAAAAGACGCAAUUCCUGAGAAAGCUCGAGUGCUCAUUGUGGAUGAUCUUCUGGCCACGGGUGGCACCCUGAACGCUGCGGCCACGUUGAUCUCCAAACUCGGUUUGGGUAUUACAGUCACGGAGUGCUUUGUCCUCAUGGAAUUAGCCUUCCUGAAGGGCAGAGACAAAAUUACGUCAAAAGUUUCCUGUACGUUGAGUUUUGAUUGAACUUUGUUGAUAAAUUCUCAGGCACAAUUAAGGUCCAGAAACUCUGUCGUAACUGUC